UAGCGGCCUUGUGUAUUUUAUUUUGAGUUUUACGCCGCGCAUUUGUUAACAAAAUAACGAUAUUAUUUUUCCUCUAAGUUUCCAAUAAUUUACGAGUUCCUCAGCUGGUGAUGUUUACAUCAGACAUAAAACACUAAACACUUUGCUCUCUAUUUGUCUCCCGAUGGUCUCUUUGCGUUCUUGACAACUGGUGCAUUGUAACCGUCACUGGAGAAAAUUUCAGAAAGAUAUGUUUGAAUAUACUAAUGCAUAAGAAAUAUGCAAGUCGUCGUCAUGAAGGUUACUGUGUGGAGUUCCCUUAGUGGAAAAUUGUCAGGCCAUUUGACUUUGAAUGUUCCUGCAACUCACACCAUAAGGAGACUUCUUGAAAGCUACUGCAAGCAUAAGGGUGUAGCUCCCAACGGCUAUGUGAUACGAAGUAAGGACAAUUUACUUCUGAAUCCAAAUAAGAGCCUCGAAGAAUGCAGCAUUGAUGAUGGAGACAUUCUCACUCUUGGCCUUGGAGAUGAUGAAGAACAAACGUUUGGGUUUGGAAGUUGGUUCAUGGUCACUGUUGUAUCACUGCUUAUCGGUGGAAUUGGGUUAACAUAUACUAUUUGGACAUUCUUAGAACCUUUACCCUCUGUGCAGAAGUAUGGAAUAGUCAUGGAUGCUGGUUCAUCUCAUAGUGAAAUUUAUGUGUUCUCCUGGGAUGGUGCGAAACCCCUAGAUACUGGAGAUGUAACUCUCAAUCACAGAUGUUUUAUGGCAGGUGGUGUGGGCAGCUUUGUUGAAAAUGUUGAUGACUUAAGUAGGUACUUGGAGAAAUGCCUCAAAGAAACCAAAGAAAAUGUUCCACAGCCAUUUCAUAAGGGUACUCCAUUUUAUGUAGAGGCAACUGCAGGAAUGAGGAUCCUAAGGGACUUUGAUCCAGAAGGUGCAAAUCUGGUACUGGCUACCAUCAGAGAAAUACUUAAAACAAUGACCUCGUUCCAAAUCAUCCACAAUAAUAUUGAAAUAAUUGAAGGAUCAGAAGAAGGAGCAAGUGGCUGGACAGCUGUAAAUUACCUUUCUGGGUAUCUUACUAAAGAUAAAAACUCAACAUCAGCUGUCUUAGAUGUUGGCGGGGCAUCUGUGCAGAUAACUCGUGAGGUGAUAGGUAAUGGGACAGGGGCACCUGAGAACCUAACUCUCUAUAGGCAUAAUUACACGGUUCUCAGUCAGUCCUUUUUGUGCUACGGAAUUGGAGAAGCUGAGCAUCGGUAUGGCUAUUUUCUGGCUAAUGACAAUGGAACUUUGAAAAAUGAAGUUUAUAUCGACCCUUGUUUAGCCAAAGGUGUUACACACAACAUAACUACAGAUGAGCUGAAUGGUCCAUGUACUCGUACAGAUGAAUCUAAACCUGUCCUGAUGGGAGCUAGUCAAGUGAAAUGGCGCAAACUUAAGAAAAUCUUUAAAAAUUAUAAAGCGAGUGAAGCAGAACAUAACAGUGAUAUGACCGAAUAUGUGGACAGUGUAAACAAUGAAAUGAAUAGCAAUAAUGAUCCUAAAAUAUCAGACAUCAUAGUUACCAAAGGUUCCAGUAAUCCUCCAUUAUGUAAUGAUAAAAUGAAAAGAUUGUUCGAUUUGAAUUUAUGCAAGGAAACUUUUACCUAUGGUGACUGCUUUAAUUCUGAGUCUGUCCCUCCAGUAUUUGGUGAUUUAGUGGCCUUUUCUGGUUUGUUUGAGCAGCUAAUGAAAGCACUAGGUUUUAAACCAGGAUCAAGUCUAAAGGAGUUUGAAACAGCAGUGUUUGAAGUUUGUUCAUUAAAUGCAGAUGACCUCUACAAAAGAUUUCCAGAUGUAGACCGAGUUUUAGUAGAGGAUCUGUGCUUUGAUGCUAUGUAUAUAUACAACCUGAUGACUGUUGGUCUUGGCAUUGAUAGUUCAGAAUGGAAACUGAUACAGUUUACUGAUGAGAUCAAUAAUACUGCAGUAGAAUGGCCUAUGGGUUUUAUGAUGAAUCGUACAACAGCGUUUCCUGCAGUUAUACCUGUAAAACCUCUGAGUACUCCUGUAUUUAGUCUUCUUUUGAUACUUUUUGGAUCCUUUCUGAUAAGUGGCAUCUUGUUCUGCUGGCACUCCUACAAGAUAAAGCACCAUAGCACUUCUUACCAAAGGGUUAUUGCUGAUCACAUUGACCAAGAACUUCAUAGAUUCAUAUAGCAGCUUACGCUGGUGAUCAUUCAAAUGUGAUAUAUUCUCAGGAAAGGAAGAAAUAUGUGCUUAACUCACAAUGAUUUCCAUACCAUUAUACCUUCCAGAUACAUUAAGUAUUGAAUGUCCAUGACAAAUGCCUAUCAAUACUGUAUUGAAUUCAUUUACUUAUGUUAGUUUUACUAAAAUUUACCUUAGAGUGCCAAAUAGUGUUUAAGAAUAUGAAUAUUUUAUGUGUAAUAUUUUUUUUUACACAUCAGCUUUAUUGUAUCUAAACCCACACUGUACUGUGAAGAUAUUCUACAAAACUUUUCAACCUACAUAAAGCCUCUGAUAACCAGAAGUACUGUAUCAUAUGUACUGUAUUUUGUAGCUAAUACAAUGUAUUUUUAUAUAUGUAGUCCAAUAUUACAGGAUUGGAUGGUAAGUGGUGGCCUACCAUACAAAAAAAAAAUAAUGUAAAUAUUAUCUUUACAUCAAGUUAAUAUACUAUUACACUACACAUACACAAUGUAUGCUUUGCCAGCAUGUAGAAAAUAUAACAAGACCCUCAGAAAAUAGAAAUGCUGGCAAAUGUGGUGGAUCCCCUGAUGCUCCAGAACAACUAAGUAUUUUGGGUACCAAUUAAACACACUAAUAUGUCACUUCUUGUACUGCUGAAAGUUAAAAGUGUGAAAAGUACUUUUGAAUAGAAGAAAACGUAUAAACAGACACAUGCACUAAAUUGUGCGCAAAUAAAUGUUGUUUCUAUUAGAAUCUUGUAUUCACAGUCAGAAUCUUAGGAACCUACACUGGUUGGAUGUGUCUAACUUUAUUUUGAGGUGCAAUAAUUCAUAUCUAUGAGUAUGUAUACUAAUUUCGGAUGGAAGUACAAUGCAUUUUGGAUAAUGACAAGAGCCUAUUAAUGUAACUUAAAGAUCAGGGAAUAGCGUUGUAGUGUAACAAUUCCAAUCCUGUUAUUAAGCUUAUUUAACACAAAUUGUGUAGUGGUUCCAAAAUUGAACAAUUAUUGUUAUAGGUCACGAUUUUUCUUAAAACAAUAUUAUCCCUAUUCUUAAGUACAAUUCUCAUGUAAUGAUUAAUACCUAAUUUUUAGCAUUUUAAUAAUGAUAUUCCAGUCCAGUGUACUUUCAUGUAAGUAAAUAGUAUCUCAUUUAAACAUAAUUUUCCAGUCUAUAACAAUUGGGAAACAGGUUGUAAGAAAUAAUGUAAAAUAAAACCUGUAAAAUACAUGUAAAUCUUUAC